CUCAAGUCCUAAUAAGAAUAAGAAAAAGAAACUAGAAACUUAAUGUGAAAUUAUUUAAGACUAAUAAUAUUUCUGUGGAUUGUUGCUAGAUUGUUGUUUUAACAUUACUUGUGGGGUUUUUUUUUUUCCUUUCUUUGUUUUUAAAGAUAAUCAUGGCAUUUCUGAUCUGCCUGACUGUCCUGACAACAGCCGUCAUCGCACAGGUGACUGCUCGCUGCCCAGCAGUGUGUGAGUGCCCUGCAGAACCCCUGGUUUGCCCUCCAGGCGUUAGCUCUCUGCCAGAUAGGUGCGGGUGCUGCAAGGUGUGCGCUGCACAGCUUAACCAAGAUUGCAGCCCUGCGAGGCCUUGCGAUCACCACAAAGGGCUGGAGUGUAAUUACGGCAACGAUGUGACCAUGGCCUGGGGCAUAUGCCGAGCGAAAUCAGAGGGGCGCACAUGUGAGUACAACGGCAGGAUCUACCAGAAUGGUGAGAGCUUCCGUGCUGGAUGUAAGCACCAGUGUACCUGCAUUGAUGGAGCUGUUGGCUGCGCUCCUCUCUGUAAUAACAAGCUGCCACCAGCUUCACCAUCCUGCCCCUACCCACAGCUGGUUAGGACACCCGGGCAAUGCUGCUUCAGCGUCGACUGCAAUACAGGCACAUGGCGCCUCCCACCUAAGCAUCAGGUGCAUCCUCCACAACAACACCUGCACAGACCUCAGCAGCAUCCUGUGCCGCGCCACCCUGAAAAUGACCUGGUCCUAGCCAACCAGCUUACAGGCAUCAAACCCAGCAGAUGGCACAGUGAGCGUGGCUACAAACACCUGCCUGUGUGGAGCCCUCUGGAGGAGAAGUGUCCAGUACAGACCACCGACUGGUCCCCGUGUUCCCGCAGUUGCGGGAUGGGUGUUUCUUCUCGUCUCACCAACAAAAACCCUCAGUGCAAGAUGAAGAGACAAACCAGAAUCUGUACCAUACGCCCGUGCCACAGCCUGACUGUUCCAGCUAAGAAAGGGAAGAGCUGCUCCCCCACCCAGAAAGCCCCAGAGCCAAUCCACCUGUCCUAUGGGGAAUGUGUGAGUGUCCGCCUCUACCGACCCAACUACUGCGGUGUGUGUACAGAUGGAUGGUGCUGCUCGCCACGCCGCACACGCACUGUGCCUGUCAGCUUUGUGUGCCCGGACGGUGAGCGGUUUCAGAGGCUUUCCAUGGUGAUCCAGUCAUGUAAAUGCAGUGAUGAUUGCGGCCACCUUAAUGAAGUGGCCCUUCCUCCUCAGCACUGGAUGUACGGAGACACUCACAAGUUCAUAGACUAGUACUAAGGGCUUGGGCGUGGGGUUUGUUUGGCUUUUUUGUUUUUUUUUGUUUGUUUGUUUGUUUUUUUUUGUGGGGGGGGGGGCUUCAUUUUUUACUUUAAUGUGACGAAGUAUGCUUUCUUAAAGAAGGAAGCCCCUUCAAGACAAGGAGCCAUUUCUCACUUGGCUCCAAGUGAGUGAAGGCCACAGGCCACCCGCCUGACUGCAGAGACCAUAGGCAGGAAGGACUGCCUUGGUAUUAUUCAUCUUAAAGACAACCCAUAUUAUAAUAUCUGUGACCAUCUGCUCCUGUUCAAACUGACGUGGGACAUAAAUUAGAGCCCUGAAACACUCUGAACUUCCUGCAUUUCCUAAGUCCUGGUUCAGGAUUUGAGACUCUCCAAUCAGCCUGAGAGGACAGACGCUACAAAAGCAACAAAGCACUUUAUUUAGCACUGAAACUUAGUGAGCAGUGCAUAAGAAUCUAACAUGAUUGCCUCACCUACAGACGGGUGACAAAUUAAAAGGGAGGAAAAAAUAUUACCAGAACAGCUUCAAUGUGCCCUUAAGUCCCUAGAGCCCUGUUGGAGGGAUCUUCCAAAACAUUUCCCUCGUUUAGUAAUUUGUUUAUGCUCAUCAAACCAUUCAAUGACCACUCAUGCCCUGGGCAUUGUCAGCAGAGGUUAAAGGUGAUGACAACUUUGGCCCUUUGCCACCAGAUUCCCUUACUGCAGGGGUCAAGGAUUAUAAUUUGUCACCCAUCUCUACAUAUUGUAAACACUUCGUAUCUCACAAUGCACUGUGAUGACUUGCUGACGACCAGCAACAUAAUUAACUUUUGCAGUUUUAUGUAGAAAACUAGAGAAUGUAAUGCAAAUGUGGACGAGACUUGUUUUAUUCAAAACAAUAAAUCACCAUGGUGUUAUAGAUAUCACUUGUCUCAAUAUGGCAAGAUGCCAUCUAAGCAUAUCGAUGAGUUUCAAGGAAACUCAGACUGUUGGAUAAGAAAUAUUAUCUUUAACUGAUAACCAUUCAGAAAGAACUGAAUCGGAGCCAGCUAGUUUGCUUUUGCAUUAAAUGCAGCUUAGAUUAAUUUACUACACAAACCUGUGCCUAGAGACCUUGUGUUGGAUCAGUGUACAUUUCUUUAUUUUGAUCCAAGGUUGUAUACAAUCACUUGUACUUUUAUGAAUUAAGACACUACAGUGUAGCUGUCACAAGUUUUUCUUGGUCAAUCCAUGUGAUAAAAUUGGCUUCUGUGCUCAAGUUUCAUGUGGGCUUUUAUUUUCACUCAACUUGGACAAUUAAGCAAUUAAACUAUGUGAUAGCGCCCUCUGCUUGUGUGUAUAAUCACCUGCA